UGAUCUGUCGUAAUCGAAAAACCUUAUCCAUUCCAUUACAGAAAAGGUUGAAAGCUUUCAGUGGCUCAAUCGCUUGCUCACAGUCACUCCGGUCGAUCGGGUUAGCCCGAGACAUGGCGGCCACUUGCUUAAGCAUAAGGCCCUCUUCAUCUUCCGCAUCCUUCAUCGCCACCAACCACCACAACCACAACCUCCUCAGAGCUCCAAAACGACUCGUUUCAUGGCCGUCGUCUCAGUACUCCUCUUCUCAGCCAAUCCGGCUUGGCCGCCGCGAAAGCAGGGCUCCGACGGCGGCGGUUUUAGACGGACAAGCGGCGGUGGCUGAAGAGGAGGAGGAAGAUCUGGACGGCUACGGUUACGACGAGUAUGACUUCUACGACCGCAACGACGACGUCGUUUCGGGAAGAGAGUGGAAGAGCCGGCCGAGACCGUGUGAGUUGUACGUGUGUAAUCUUCCCCGGAGCUGCGAUGUCCCGGAACUCGCUCAGAUGUUUAAGUGUUUUGGAACUGUUUUCUCCAUUGAGAUUUCUAGGAAUCCGGAGACGGGAAUAAGCCGGGGAAGUGGGUAUGUCAUAGUUGAUUCAAUGGAAGCGGCAAAAGCUGCCAUUAUUGCACUUGAUGGAUCGGACGUUGGUGGGAGAGAAAUGAGGGUCAAAUUUUCGAUUCAAAUGAAUCCGAAAAGGAGGAGUAAUUCGGCGGCAAUGACUUCACCUCCGGUGAAGAAUUUGAUAUACGAAAGCCCUCAUAAGCUCUACGUUGGCAACCUUGCGUGGACUGUCCAACCUCAAGAGUUGAGAGACCAGUUUAGCCAAUUUGGGCAUGUGACUAGUGCUAGAGUUGUACAUGAUCGGAAAGCCGGAAAAACCAGAACUUAUGGUUUUCUCUCCUUUGCUUCCGCUGCUGAACGUGACUCUGCAAAAUCCUUGAAUGGAAAGGAGUUUUGUGGUCGGAUAAUGGUAGUAAGAGAUGGUACGGAAAAGAAUGAAACUUCAUCUAAGUUAUAAGAUUAGCCACCUGCUGCUAUUGGAGUAUUGUUAUUUGUUAUGAAGCCUGAAGUAGAGCUUAAUGGGUAAAAAUACCACCAUUCUUGUCCCAAUUGGCAAUUUUGUAAUUUGAAUUUGGUUACUUAAAUGAGGAUAUAGUUUACAUUUAUCAUCUUCUUGUUUACUAGAUGAGAGUUUGUGCCGUAAAACUUCCUUCUUUUUUUCACGUGUAAAUGGUAUUG